CCUUGAUCCCGACGCUGGCGCGGGUACUGUCAAAGCACAGCCUGCUGUCUCCUUUGUUCAGUGUGACAUCUUUCAGACGAUUCUACAGAGGUGACAGCCCAACAGAUUCUCAAAAAGACAUGAUUGAAAUCCCCUUGCCUCCAUGGCAGGAGAGAACUGAUGAAUCUAUAGAAACCAAAAGAGCACGCCUACUCUAUGAGAGCAGAAAGAGGGGGAUGCUGGAGAACUGCCUUCUCCUAAGCCUCUUUGCUAAAGAAUAUCUGCACAGCAUGACAGAGAAGCAGCUGAACCUCUACGAUCGCCUGAUUAAUGAGCCUAGCAAUGACUGGGAUAUUUACUACUGGGCCACAGAAGCAAAACCAGCCCCAGAAAUAUUUGAAAAUGAAGUCAUGGAACUGCUGAGAGAGUUCACCAAAAACAAAAACAAAGAACAGAGACUGCGUGCCCCAGAUCUGGAAUAUCUCUUUGAAAAGCCUCGUUAAGCCGUGUGCCACUGCCUGUCAUGGUGGUCAGUAUAUGGACAGAAACUGCUUCUGAUACUCAUUUUGGCUUCCUACUUUCCCUUAGGCACUUGAGCCUCUACCAGGACUAUGCAAGAUGACUCAUUCUAACCUGCACUUGUCUGUACAGCACAGAUCUGCCACAAGAGGGCGCUGUAGGGGAAGCAGUUCCGCUUGCUGCCUCAGCCCUGACAGUACAAAAGACAGCUGCUAUAGGAAGAGCUGCUCACCUAAUCCUACACCCUGUGGCCCUGGGCUUUGUUAAGAUAAAACUGCCCUCUUCCAACUUGGUAUAGUUCUUUCUGCCAAAGAGAGCUGAUCCAAGCUCCUGAGCUGAGUCCAUCAAAGGCACAGCAAGUUGAGUGAGGGCACCAAGCAGGAAUGGUGUGGGCACACUGCUUAAGUCAACAUCCUCAUCAGAUUUUCUUCACAACAUGCCCUUUGUAAACCAAAAGAUAACUGUAUACUGAAGGAUAUCAAGGGAAGGAAAUUGACGGUUCUCUAACCUUUACAAUUGUUCCUGUGCAGCCCAUAGUCAUACUUAUAAUGGGGUUUUACAAACUUAUAAUCAUGGGCUUUCUGACCUUGUGGCACUGUGGCAAACUUCCCUCCUCAUUCCUACAGCCUGUAAAAUUAUUUAGUUGACCAAAUAAUAAUGACACAUAAGAAAUAACAUGUUAACUGGGUGUCAUGGGUCAUGCCUGUAAUCCCUGCCCUUGGGGUCUGAGGUAAUAGUAUCACUAGGAAUUUGAAGCCAGCCUGAGCUAUAAAGUGAGUUUGAGGCCAGCCUGAACCACUCUGUUAGAAUGAAGUAGCUUGGAGGGCUGUGCAUUGCUGAAGGUAUGCUGAAGGUAAUCCUCUCUGUAGGAUCUCUGCUCCCAGCUGAGAAGAGGUAGUCAGUCACUCUGGCUGGUAUGUGAUGGCUAGAGGGAAGCAGGCCAGAACUGAUAACAUGAGGUCAUGUAGUUACCAAACUACAAGAGCUGUAGGCAAAGAGGAAGAAAGAGUUUCCUGGCCAGGGGAAGAAGUGGGGAAACCAGCCUUCAGUUACCUCACAGCACUCCUACAGAGAGGUGACAUUAGGCCUGUCUGUAGACAAGAGAGUUGCCUUAGAAGGAGUCAGUAAUACAUCCAUGAUCAAAAAGCCAGGAUUUGGGGCUGGACAGAUGGCUCAGUAGUUAAGAGCGCUGGCUGCUCCUCCAGGGAACUCAGGCUUAGUUCUCAGCACAUACAUGGUGGCUCACAAUUGUCUGUAACUCCAAUUCCAAAGGAGCCGAUGCCCUCUUCUGGUCUCUGUGCACACACUCCACAGACAUGCAUACAGGCAAAAUUCGUAGAAUAAAGUAAAUAUGGGUUGGAAAGAUGGCUCAGCAGUUGAGCACAGGCUGCUCUUCCAAAGGACCUGGGUUCAAUUCCCAGCACUCAUAAGGCAGCUCAUAACUGUCUGUAACUCCAGUCCCAGGGGAUCUGACACCCUCACAUGCAUUCAGACAAAAUGUCAAUAUGCACAUAAAAAGAAAUAAAUCAUAAAGUUUGAUCUAGCUUCCUGCUAGACAACAGGGCUUCACUGCUAACAUUUACUAACAACCUUCACUUCUGGACAUUGUACUGCAAAAGAGAAGGCAAGAAAAGAAAUGAUAGUUCUUAGACAUGAACUCUGUGUUGCACUGUGGUGAGUAGGAGGCUACCAGCUACUUCCCAAAUGAGGAAAUUCACUCACUUUGAUCACCCUGAACAGCUCUGGCAAGGGAGGAAGAAGUAUAGCACCAUGGUUGUGAGUUCAAGCUUUCCCUUCAUUGCUUAGCUGCUGAAUAAACUCACUGGCCUAAGCUUUGGUUUCUAACCAAAGGUGAUAAUCACUUCAGUCUCAAGAAAGCUAGGAGCUAUAAUAUGUAACACUGGGAUGGUUCCCAGCACACAGGAUACCAUAGGAAGACAGGAACCUUUGCUUGUAGCCUCACCCUGAGACUUAGAGCCUGUCUUCUAACAGAUUGCCUAUUAUCAAUUGCAUGCAUACAUGCAGGGCAGUUUCAACUGAAAGUCAGAAGGCUGAGCCUAUUAAAGUAACCACAAAGUGCCUUGCCAGCCAGUGAAAACUGGAAAGAAAAAAAACCUUGGUGACAAGUCCUUUGAUGGAAAAGUAUAGGUCUCACUUAAGCAAGAAAUGGGAAUGAGACAUAUAGAGUAGAAGCAGGAGGUUACAGAAAUGCUGGCCCUUUGCUUGAGCUUCUGAUGUCCCUCAGGGGGAGUGCUAAACAGGCAGGGUUUAUAUAUAGAAACAUCUGGACUUUAAGAAGUGCACAGGAAUUGCAGCACCUUCCCUAUUUAUCCUGAGCCCAUUAUACAACAAGCCCCAGAACCCAAGUAUGCAGUAUGGGCUCUCCCCACCUCAGCUCUGAUCCCUUCUUACCCUCAUUUUGCUUUAUUUCACAUAGUGUUCAGUUGCCGUCACUUGCACUUGAGAAUGGCAUGCUUCUAAAGGAAUUGUUUUCCUCCCAGGCUGCUGGUUUGUGUGAUCUUUGAAAGUGAAGGAUCUUGCUAACUUCAGCCGCUCAGUGUCAAGCCCAAGAGUGCAAUGUAAACAGUUUUCCCCUUUAUUAAGCAUUAAGGAAAACUAGGCUAGCCACAGUACAUUUUCAGAAAAAUUAAUAAACUUAGCACAGGACCAGCAGCUCCCUAGGACCCACAGGAAGCACCAGCUAGACUCAUUGUUCUCAGCUUGACAUGUUGCUGCUCACUGACCUCAUUCUGAGCCUGUGUCAAUACAUGAGCAUCUGAUCUGCCCUGAGAGGUCUGCAGUGGCCCUGAAUCCCCUUGCACAGGCUCCUCCGGACACAUCAAACUGGAUCAAGGCUGCUUCCUUCCCAUCACUUCCUCACUUCAUUGUUUUAAAUUGUACCCAGCCUUUCCCUGACAGGUGAGUGUCUCUUGUGGCUGCCAUCGGAGAGGCGCCUCUUACUGUCUUGGAGCACCAGCUGGAGGUCAUCCAGCCUUUUUCUUCAGUCCAGCCAAGGUGGCAGUGGUACAACCUGGCUUUUGUUUUUAAGCAUCACUGGGGAAGCAGACUCCUCUGAGAGAAGUUGAGAGCUUCACAUCUGUCCUUCAGGCCAUCUGCCACGUUGAGGCUAGACGGGUUGGAAAGCUUUGUAAUAAGUAAGCCCAAAGCCAGGUAUGGUGGUACUCACCUGUAUGCCCAGCAUGCAGGCAACUGAGAUAGAUUAGCAUUAAAAUUAAUUUCAAGCUAAAA